AUGCUCACAAUCAUUCUUCUAUGCCUUAUGGUUUCAUCAUCUUCAGAGGCUGCUCCACAAACCCAAUUGGCCACACCAUUAGAACCAACAGGAGAAGGCAUCAAUUCACCAACAAAACCACAAGGCUUUCCGAUUGAGAAUCAGAACCAACCAAUUCUUGGUCAGCCAUCUUUUUCUUCUUCUGCAAACCAGCCUUUAACCGGAUUAAAUCAACCAUUGACCGGAUUUAAUCAGCCAUCAUCAACUGGACUCAACCAACCGAUUCUUGGUCAACCAUCUUCUUCUGUAAACCAGCCUUUUACCGGGUUAAAUCAACCAUCGUCUUCUGUAAACCAGCCUUCAACCGGGUUAAAUCAACCAUUAACCGGAUUUAAUCAGCCAUCAUCAACUGGAUUCAACCAACCAAUUUCUUCUUCUUCUUCUUCGUCUAACUCUGCUCUCAAUCAGCCAUUUGGCAAUCGACUCAACCAGAACGGUCUCUCGGGAAACGGUGUUCCCUUUCUGAAUGGAAAUUCGAAGCUAGAAGUCUCCAUUACGAAGAUUGUCUUUAUCUGGAUUGCUCUUUUCCUUGUAUUGCACGGUACAAACAGGAAUUGA